AUGGCAGAGCUUGGCCUCGCAAUUGCGGGUCUCGCAUCAAUCGCUGAGGUUGUCGGCACUAGAUUAUACAAUUAUAUCCACAUUGCCAGGAAUGCAGAAGCCGAAGUUCUCACGCUUACUGAGCAGAUCGACUCCCUCAGAGGAACGCUGUGGCGUAUCAAGAACUUGGUAGGCAAUUCAAGUUUCCCAUCGGACUUCGCUGCACCUUACCUUUCACCAGUGCAUGCAUGCGUCUCUGCCCUGGAUAAAGUCCGGGACAAAUUAUCGAACUUCUCAGACAGGGAAGGCAAGGACCCCUUGGUGGGCAAACGGAAAUGGAAAUGGCCUUUCUCCCGCUCAGAGACUCUCGACUUGAAGAACAAGAUUCAAACAUAUGAGACCAGCCUCGGAUUGAUGCUUACAGCGGAUAACCUUUCCACAACCUUGCACGCACUGCAUGAGUCAAAAUCAUCCCACCAAAUUCUUAAAGACGUCCAACAAUAUUUUCAGGCCGCGAGUCAGAUCAGACUCGACGAAGAGAAACAAAAGCUUUUGGCACUCGUUAGUCCCACGAAUCCUCUUGCCACUCUCAAGACCAACGUGAAACUGUGGAAGUCGGGCACUUGUACCUGGUUCACCGAAGGACCCGAAUUCAAAAGUUGGCUGACUACGGAAAAUUCAAGCCUGUGGAUUUACGGAAUUCCUGGGGCUGGCAAAUCGAUACUCUGUGCUCAGGCAAUCCAAAAGGCACUGUCUCUGAGUGAUGAGGAAAACGCCGUCACCUAUUUCUUCUGCGAUUACAAAAACCACGGAACUCAAAAGCCUCGCAAUAUCCUUGGCUCUCUAGUGGAGCAGCUUGCGCGCCAGAGCAAGCGGUCUUACCAGCAGCUGAAAACCUUUGCCGACGAUUACAGCCAAGCUACCAAUAUGCAGAAGUGGGAACCUGAUUGCGAUGACCUAUUCCAGCUUGUCGUCCAGAUGAGCGAAAAUUUCACAAGUGUUAGUCUUCUUAUUGAUGGUCUGGAUGAAUGUGACGAGCACAUUGUGGAGGUUACCAGCUAUCUUUCUCGCCUUGAUGAGGCCUCUAGCCGCUUCAGGAUACUUCUCUCAAGUCGCCAGCUUGUGGAGAUUCAACACAUCGUGCAAAGGUUUCAGUCCCUUUCCAUCGCAGCCCGAAGCACAGACAUACGACUGUACAUUGCUCAUGAACUCGAGCAGCGGACAAACCCGUCCAGCCAUAGGCCACUGAUUAUUGGCGACGAAAAUCUCAAAGGGGAGAUAAUGGAUGCGCUGGUCUCUCAAGCUCAUGGCAUGUUCAGGUGGGUUGCAGUGCAGCUCGACUAUUUCUCAGAGCUACCAUCGGACCAGGCAAUCCGGGAAGCAUUGACAUCUUUACCGCCCGACCUUGCCCAGUCCUAUGAAAGACUUUUGCAUAUGAUAAGUCGAAAGCCGGCCGCAACACAGCAGCUUGUUCAGCAUACGCUGAUGUGGCUUGCUAGUUCCAUGCAAGAUUACUCCGAUAAUCCUAAGGAGGCGCUCCUCGAAGCACUUUCCAUUACUAAUGGGUCAUCUCGCUUCAAUCCAUCGAACAUGCCAAGUCCUGAGAAAAUUCUUCGUGCUUGUGGCAGCUUGAUCCGAUUUAAUAUUGAAAAAGACACGAUCGAGCUAGCUCAUUUCACCGUGGUGGAGUUCCUAGAUGCGAUUGAUGUCGAUAUACAGCCCGUAUUGUCCAGGUACAAGACUGGCGGCCACACUCAGUGGAAUUACUUGACAUUGACAUCACUGACGUACCUUUGCUACGACGAUUCAUGGCCUCUUCCACAAUCUCAAGAGGAACAAAAUAAUCUCAAAAUAGAUCACCCCUUUCUGUACACAGCCCAUGAAAUGCUGCCUGCCUGCCUUGCCAAAUGCGAUAUUCAACACGAAGAAGUCUUGAGAGUGGUGAUGGAAUUCUUCAACCAACGGCGUGCUGACCCUCUACUUCUUUGGCUUUAUCAUGAAGCCUACAAGUGGAAAAACUUCAGGAAUUUUGAUUUGUCUGGACUGAGGGAUGCUCUUCUGUUAAUGCCGCUCAUGCCAAUCUGUUAUGCAGCGAUGUUCAACCUGCCAGAGGUUUGUAAACGUUUGAUUGACGCCGGUCAAUCUUGCAACGCUCUCAGUCCAUUAGGAACUCCUCUACAGCUUGCAAUCAUGGGACGACACGCAUUAAUUGCCGGCAGUCUUACGUUCCGCAGGUCAAUCGAAGAGUCGGCCAUCGAUCGGCUCUUGCUGACGCUCAAGGUGCUUCUGAGUUAUGGAGCUGAUGUGCAGAUAAGCCAGAGGUUAUUCGGAGGGCAGAAGAAUCCUGAAUCGGUUCUAGCUCUUGCAGCAGGAUUGAUCCGUUCAACUGAUGCGCCUUUUCGAGAGCUUGCUGCGGCGGGUGCCUCAUGUAAGGCAGACUGUAUCUCGGUUAUGCAGGAGAUAUGGGAAGAUGGGGAAAGCAUAGACCGACUCGUCCAUAAUCUCCAAUAUGUCCAAGAAGGGCAAGUUGAGCCAUCCAGCAUGGCUAAGUUCAGAUCAUUGAGAGAUCGUGCAUUGCUACAGCGGACAGGUUCAAUCCUAGGCACCCAGACAAUGCAACUGGUGCAACUAGAUGAUUCGCCCGCACGAAAGGUCGAACUGUUCUUCAGCGCAGCGAAAUUCGAUCAAGCGCGUGCACUAGCCUCCUUAGGACACCAGCCAUGUUUUGAUGUCAACGUGAAAAAUGAUGAAGAUGAGACUGUUUUACAUGUGGCAGCAAGACAUGGUUCGUCAUCUGCUAUGAAAACGCUGCUGGAAUUACCUGGCAUCGACACCACGAUUAGAGACAAAAACGGCAACACUGCUUUGCAUAUAGCACUAGCCAUGAGAGUGAAUAUGUCAAUCAUCAAAAUGUUGCGUGAUGUGCAGUAUAGAUCCAAGACCAUCAUAGGAACCUCCAACCACGAACACGGCGCGCGGGUGGGUGGUCCGCAAACAAUCGAAGAUCUCGAAAUUCGAGAGAGAAGAAAGAACGUUCGAAUGAUAUAUGAUGCCAUCGAGAUUGGUGACCAGAAUGUAAUUGAUCUGAUCUAUUCAGAAGACAGCCCAGUGUUUUCGCCAUGUCAGAUAUGUGGCGAAUGCGACCUCUUCAUACAUGCCCUAACACACGACGAACACAUUGCCUUCCGUCUUCUGAAGCGCGGCUACAAGGUUAUUGGAGUCCAGGAUCCGCGACACCAUGGGUACGCCCGCACAGCGCUCCAUAUCUGUGCAGAAAAGGGCCAUCUUCGGCUGCUGGAAGCAAUACUCGACAGAGCGCCGUUUCUUCUAUUUCUCGACACAGAAGUACAUCCAAUUCACCUUGCAAUUCUCCACAAUCAGAAUGAGUGCCUGAGGGUAAUUUUAGACAGGAGGCAUGCAUGCUGGAACUCAGUCCAUGCUGGCCAGGGGACUUUAGGGUCGGGUCCACAAACGCUUGUAGAUAAGCCAUUUAUGCCUACCCUGCAGACAGACCGCAAGUUCCGAUUUCUAGAGUCAUCAGAUCUCAGUAUCAUAGCCUUGCGACCAAGAGACUUCCCUUUUGGAGAGGCAUUCGCAGAAAACCUUAACAAAUUUGAGAUUUGGACCUAUGGCGUUCUGCUACCGCUUCAUUGCGCGGCGCUAGUGGGGAAUGAGGCAGCGGCUCAACAACUUCUUGAGGCUGGGUCUAAAAAGGACUGUAUCCCACCUGGUGGUGUCGGUACUGCUUUGUCCAUUGCGAUCAGUCAAGGGGCGCUUGAGAUCGCAGAGAUCUUGCUUGAGCAUGGUGCAUCCCUGUACCAUUAUAGUGCAUUGGGAGAGAGUGGAGUUAGUCUUCUUGGAAAGAAGAGCCCGGAAAUGUUCCUCCGACACUGUGGAUCCUUUGAUCUUGAUGUUCAUCCUGAUUUGGAUGGUGAAGGACUAAUUGCACAAUUAGUGAGAAGUGUUGGUCAGAGAUUUCUGCCAUCCUAUCUCGAACUCAUGGGCCAUGCACGUGAGCUACAUGGUCAUUCUCGUGAGCUGCAUGAUAGCACAGCUCAAGGAUACUCAGUCAUCCGUGAUGUCUUGGCAACAAGAAGUCCUGCAGUCAUUGAUUAUGCGCUGAAUUCCGGAUUUGACCUCGGAGCUUGGAAUGAGCAUUCGGGCGGAGCCCUGAAUGGUAACUGGGUGAAUGAAGAUAUCCAAACACUGAAACGACUCACCAGACGGAUCGGUUAUCAGAGGAGCACAAAGCUAUUGAACAAAAAGCCCGCUCAAACUUCCACUCCGCUUUAUAAAGCUGCAUUGAUGGGUCAGCAAGAAGUUGCCCGAUUCUUCAUGAAGCACGGCGCCGGCAUCAAUGUCAUUGGUGGGCUUUUGGGCACACCACUGAUGGCCGCUGCUGGCUAUGGACGGCUGUGCAUUGUCAAAGACUUUGUGAAUGCUGGUGCUGAACUGUCGUGCUUCUCAAUCGACGAGAAUCGUGUACGGAGCGCCGUCGAUCUGGCGAAGUAUUUUCCUGAUAUCCAGCGGUGGCUCUUGGUCGAACGAUGGACGGAACGGAAGAGGAUUACUUGGGAGGAGGCUUCAGAAUGA